AUGACAAUGAAGUUCCAUCUUCUUCAAGCAGUACUAUUAAUACUCAUGAUUUCGUAUGCAUGUCAGGCUGUCGGUACAAUCACAUGCCAUAGGCCAGGUCCUAUGCGAAAAUGUGCAUAUAGUACAUGUGGCAUAAUCAGCUAUGUCGGUUACGGCACGAGUUUUUCAUGCAACUGUUACGUUUGGGGAAAAGAUCCUGGUAGAAAUGUAGAAUGGUUUCGUGUGAAUUUAGACAAGGGAGCUUACGGCUACAUAAGCAGCAGUUAUUGUUGGGCCGACGUCGAGCUGUGCAGAUAUGCUCUCGUCUGA